AACAACAUCCGAAGCAAGUUCUUGAUAGACAUUUAUUUAAGUAGAGUUCGAGAGUCAAAAGUACGUACAUUUGUGAGACAAGAAGAUCAAGGCUGAAGAAAGAGAUUUUGUGAAAUAACAUGGCAAAAAAACAAGCCCUCUUUGAUCUUUUAAACGUGAAUGAUGGUUCCUCUCCAUCUUUCUCAUACAAAUCUGAAUCAGAAGAUGAUAUUUUGCAAGAAGCUGAAUUUGCUGAAGAGCUCCAGUUACAAGAGCCUCUAAAGGCUUCGUUGGUCAGUUGCCCAAUGGCAAGCAAUGUGUCAUCAUCAACUUCGUCCAGGACCAAUAUGGAAGCAAUUUCAGAACAAGAAAUUGCUGAUGCCAGUUGCAGCAAUAAUAAUCCAACUCUCAUGACUGAAACAGAAGCAGUUAGUCGUGGUGCAGCGAAAAUUAUAAGUCACAAUUCAGCACAAGAUGAGUGUAGGAAAAGAGCUGAAAGCAUUGCUGCAAAACAGGAGGGUACUCCACAGAGUCCCAAUACUAAAGCAAAGAAAGAUAAAGGUGUGGAUCCGAAUUCAGACAUUCCACUUAAUGUUAAAUCUGAAUCGCUGGUCAGCAGAGGAAACGGAGGUGCAUUGGAUGAUAACAAGAAGAGCAGAUUGUCCAAGGAAUUGGCACCUAAGAUUGUCAAUAAACCUAUUGAGCAGUUUUACUGUCCUGCAUGCGCAGAAGUUCCUGAUACCAUCAAAUGGUACCCAGGCCUGCAGGCCCUGAUAUCACAUGCCAGAAAAACCACUAAAGGAAAAAGGGCUCAACUCCACCAGAACCUAGAAAAGCAGCUGACAAGGAAGUUCGGCAGAAAGGGAACUUCUGAUAGUUCUGCUGGUGAAGUGCUAAGUAAAUGGAAAGGUCUAAAAGAUGAGAAUAAAGAUCAUGAGAUCGUUUGGCCUCCUAUGGUUGUUGUUAGGAAUACAGCAAGCCUUAAAAAAGACGAGAACAAUAAGCGGAUUGGCAUAACAGAUCAGGAACUCCUUGAUUUGUUCAGCUCAUAUGAAGCUAUUGAGAAGGUUCAACAUGCAUGCAAUUCGAAUGGACAUUGUGGGAUGAGUAUUUUGAUUUUUGAGGGCUCAACAAGAGGCUAUUUAGAGGCAGAGCGCCUGGAUAGACAUUUCGCAGAUGAAGGAACUGGUAGAAAUCUUUGGAAUGAAAGUCCACUCUACCUCCUACGAAGUGGGGAGCUCCAACUUCACGGUUACAUGGCAGAGAAAAAGGACGUGGAUCUCUUCAACCAGUAUUCAACAGGUGAACCCAAGCUGAAAUAUUUAAUUACAUCAUACCAAGAUACGGUUGGGAACCGAAUAAGGCAAAUGAGUGAGGACGAUAACAAGCGUAUCUGGCUGAAUAACAGGGUAGAACGUCUUGAAGAGUCAAAUGGCAUAAUGAGGGAGAUCCUGUUAAAGAUGGGUUUUCAAGGACAAAUUUUCGAAGACAGCCAAAUAAAGACUAAUGUUGACGAGAGAGGUAAAAAGGGAGGGAAUCUUGAGAGCUCAAAGGAGGACGAGGAGCACGGAAAUGUCCAUGAAUCCAAUGGUAGUCCUUCAAAUACACAGGAUGGCAAUUCCAGAGUGCCGGAAACUGCCAAGGCCAAAGGGAAUGGAGUGAAAGAAAAGGAAGUAGCUGACACGGGUAAAGCUAGUAGAAGAACAAGGAAGAAGACAAAAUGAACCCAAGGAAGAGGAAGACUACAGAUCUAAAGAGUUCGAAUGUGAAAGCCUCGCUAUCAAUCACAAACUCUCUUUGCAUUUUAGGAGAUUAAAAUGCAGAGAAAUGCACUGUGCUUACCGGUAUUGCUAAAUAUCAAUUAUAUUGAGUUGUGAAUUCUUGUGUUGCACGAUAACUAAGUUUGUGGCUACUAAUUUUCCUAGAACUCGUAUCAGAGUUCCCUGAGGAACUGUGGCAUUUGUAUGUGUUGUUCUUGGAUGUUUGAUUACUACCAACUACUAAUUUAGCAGUUAAAGAUUA